UGCGCGCUUCAGCUCCACUGGUUCGCCACUGCCACUGCCCCAGCCACUGACCGCUCAGUCUUCCUCCUUUGGCCUCAGGCAGGUGAUAAGCAGGGACGACAUGAAUCGGGACAUGCACGACGUGGACCUCGCCGAGGUGAAGCCUUUGGUGGAAAAAGGGGAGACCAUCACCGGCCUCCUGCAGGAGUUCGACGUGCAGGAGCAGGACCUGGAGACUUUAUUCGGCACCAUUCACGUCACGCUGUGUGGGACCCCCAAGGGGAACCGGCCCGUCAUCCUCACGUACCAUGACAUCGGCAUGAACCACAAAACCUGCUACAACCCCCUCUUCAACUCCGAAGACAUGCAGGAGGUCACCCAGCACUUUGCUGUCUGCCACGUGGAUGCCCCCGGCCAGCAGGACAGCGCCGCCUCCUUCCCCAUGGGGUACGUGUACCCCUCCAUGGACCAGCUGGCUGAAAUGCUUCCUGGAGUCCUCCACCGGUUUGGGCUGAAGAGCAUCAUUGGCAUGGGAACAGGGGCCGGCGCCUACAUCCUGACGCGGUUUGCGCUGGACUACCCCGACAUGGUGGAAGGACUGGUCCUCAUUAACGUGAACCCUUGUGCUGAAGGCUGGAUGGACUGGGCUGCCUCCAAGAUCUCAGGGUGGACCCAGGCACUGCCUGACAUGGUGCUGUCCCACCUCUUUGGGAAGGAAGAAAUGCAGAACAACGCAGAGGUGGUCCACACCUACCGCCAUCACGUGGUGAACGACAUGAACCCCACCAACCUGCACCUGUUCAUCAAUGCCUACAACAGCCGGCGGGACCUGGAGAUCGAGAGACCCACGCCUGGGGCUCACAGCGUCACCCUGCAGUGCCCUGCUCUGCUGGUGGUUGGGGACGACUCUCCUGCCGUGGAUGCUGUGGUGGAGUGCAACUCUAAACUGGACCCCACAAAGACCACCCUCCUUAAGAUGGCGGACUGUGGUGGCCUCCCUCAGGUCUCCCAGCCGGCCAAGCUUGCUGAGGCUUUCAAAUACUUCGUGCAGGGCAUGGGCUACAUGCCUUCUGCCAGCAUGACCCGCCUGAUGCGGUCCCGCACAGCCUCGGGGUCCAGUGUCACCUCCCAGGAGGGUGCCCGAAGCCGAGCCCACACCAGCGAGGGCUCACGCAGCCGAGCCCACACCAGCGAGGGCGCCCGCCUGGACGUCACCCCCAACUCCGGCACCACCGGCAACAGCGCUGGGCCCAAGUCCAUGGAGGUGUCCUGCUAGGCGCCCUGCGGCCGCCGCUGCCCCUGAACUCUGAUCUGUAGCGGCCCGUCCCCCUGACCCCUUCCUGCCCGCUCCCUGCCACCCCACACAUUGCUUGGCAUGAAUCCAAAGCCAAUUGUCCCACGUGGGCUCCCGCAGUGACAAAGUGAAAUGGGUUUGGGCUGACCUUGGUGGCAGGGGGCAGGGUGGGCCAAGGAAGAAGCAUCUCUGCUGUUGUGUUUUUCUUAACAGGUGGCAGCAGGGUGGGGGGAUGGGGGGGUGCUCUGUGUCCCUCCCUCACACACCCAACUGCCAAAAAACAAAAGGAGCCAGCCCUGGCCACCCUGAGGCAGAAGGGUGUUUUGUCAGGCAGAGGGGAUGGCCCACCUACUUCCUGUUUCCCCUCCAACUUAAAAAAAAAAUUCAACCCAGCAAUCCGAAAACAAAACCCCUUUCGGAUUUGGGAAGGGGGAGAGCAGGGACUUGUGGGUAGCCCUUUUAAAUCGAGAAACAGAAAGCGGGAGGCAAGAGGGGGAGAUGGGAUUUAUAUCCGGGCGACCAGUGAUUUGCAAACACAGAGCGAUGGGCGUUUUCAAGUUAUGCACACGGCCAUGUGGACUCGGGAGCCCCAGGGGCUGGACAGAUUCUCGGUCUCAGCUAGUGGUCAGUGUCCCCAGUUGACCACUUUGGUUCUGCUGUCCGCCUCCCCCUCCACACACAUGCCACAAAGGGUUGCUUUUGCUGUGGGCAGCUUGUGCGGCUCAGGAGACACACACAGCCUCCCAAGUGGAGGGAACCGUUCCUGUGGGCUCUGCCAUCCCCGCGUGGGGGGUUCACAGU